UAAUUUCUCGGACGCACUGCCCAUCAGGUCGUAGGUUUCCAGCUCUUAUUUAACAAGUAUUUGACGAUUUCUUAAUGAAAAUGAUCCGGAAUCGCUUUGGCAGCUUGUCGCGCGUCUCUGUCCAGUUGCAGCGCCAUGUCCAGCAGAUGUCCACGAAUGCAGCAGUGGCUCCGGCGGAGGGAACCACCAUCAAUGAGUUCAGGACGGCUGUCAGCAAUCCCGGCGAGCACUCGGCAGUGCAGGUGGCCAAGUUCUACACCAUUCCCGCGGAGCAGAAGAAGCAGAUCUUCGGAGGCGGCGGCCUACCCAAGCAGUACGAGCAGCAGAUCAAGACCUUUACGGAGGCUUGUCUGAUGGUCCGGAAUCCUGCCCUGGAACUGCUGCAGUACAUCAAAGACACCGACUUAACCAAGCCAGUGGUGCGAUAUGUGCUGUAUGGAGAGAAUGGAACCGGCAAGACCCUGACCAUGGCCCAUGUGCUGCACUACGGUGCCCUCAACGACUACGUGCUGGUCCACGUGCCCUGGGCGCCCAACUGGAUGAAACGGCCAAAGGAAGCGUCCAAUGCCGCCGGCCAGGAGGGCAUGAUUGACCUGCCCUUCGAUGCGGCCGCCUGGCUGGUGCACUUUAAGACCCAGAACAGCCAGCUUCUCCAGCGGCUGCAGCUGAAAACCAGCAAGGAGUACGUUUGGAGCAAGCGCGAAAGCACGCCAGCGGGCUCCACGCUCAUUGAGCUGGUUGAGCACGGGAUAGCACGUAUCAAGUACGCCUCGGAGACCACGGCGGCGCUAAUUGCGGAACUCAAACAGCUCUCCACCGCUGGACAGUGCAAGGUGAUGGUGGCCAUCGAUGGCUUCAAUGCCUUUUUCCAUCCGGUUACCCGCAUUUUCUCCGACAACAAGCAGCGGGUGACCCCGGAUCAAGUCACACUCACCCAGCCCUUCCUCGACAUCACCAACUAUGACUGGACGAACGGAGUGUGCAUCCUGUCCGUGGACAAGAUCGCCAUGACCGAGGGCCACAUGGACUCGUAUAUGCCGCGCUAUCUGCUCGGCCAGGAGGGCUUCGAGCAUCUGGAUCCCUUCGUGCCCAUCCACGUGGAUAACUACACGGACAAGGAGUUCCACAGCUACAUCAGCUACUAUCUCGACCGCCACUGGAUCAACAAGACGCCGCAGGGAUUCGAGGAGCAGCUCAAGUUCAUGAGCAACAAGAAUCCCUACGCGCUGAUGCAGCUGGUGAGGGCUUUGUAGAGUGGCAAUUGUCCUGUAUUUGUUAGCCAAUAAAGUUAAAUGAUUUGUUAAACACGGAACACGGAGAUUUGGUGCCUACCCUCCUCUCGAUUUUGAAUAAUUGGAGUGGAGAAUUCAAAUUGGAAAUUUAUUUAACGAUAAUCAGCAAUACAUAAUAAUGCACUGUAAAAUA